AUGGCUGCUGCUGCGAUACCUGCCGAUGUAUCUUGUGCAACACCAGAUGAUAUGCAUCUGGAAAUGUUCUGUGUUGUUUGGCUUGAUAGUAGCUCGGACAAUAAAGAUUGUCAUGAUACUGAACAACAAUUACGUUCGAUUAUCAAUCAUUUGAAGAAGUUUCAAGAUGUUGCAUCCUGUGAAAAGUACAUUCAUGCACAAGUAUCGCAAGAACGAAUCGUUAUGAUCGUCAGUGGUCGAUUGGGACGCGAAAUCGUACCUAUUAUUCAUCAUCUUCGACAAAUCAUAUCGAUAUAUGUAUAUUGUAUGGAUAAAGAAGAUAGCAAAAUAUGGGCUCGAGACUACAGAAAAGUAAAAGCGAUUGUUGUUGAACUUGACGAGCUCGUCUCUCUAAUUCAAGUUGAUCAUAAAAUUCAGAAAAAGGUCGAAGAACCUCUAUCAAUUAAUAUAUUUACUACAGGUACAUCAACAACCGGCUUAAAUAGCGAUUUUCUCUUUUCACAAGUCUUCAUGGAUUGUCUUACGAAGUUGCAAUAUACUGAAGCUGACAAAGAAGAAUUGAUUGAUCUUUGUAAACAACAAUAUAAAGGUAAUCGUGUUGAAUUGAGUAAUAUCCAUGAAUUUCAAGAAGAGUAUUCAUCUAAAAAUGCUUUGUGGUGGUAUACACGAGAAUCAUUCUUUUACAAGACACUUAAUGCUGCUCUUCGUGAGCUAGAUAUUCAUACAAUAUUUCUUUUUCGUCAAUACAUUACUGAUAUUCAAAAUCAGUUGAAAAACUAUCAACUGCAUAAUUUUGUUCGAUUUUAUCGCUGUCAAAGAGUAG